AUGGGAUGCAUGCGUGACGGAGGCAUCGCUUCCCUGCUUCCUCUCACUUUUUUGUUUUCUUUUGGAAUUUCGGGCCACGGCACACACACACACGCAGACAUACCUGUCGUCUCUUUUCCAGCAGGAACGUUUCUCGACACAUCUCACAUAUAUUCUCUUCCUGAUACGACGACCAGACAUUACCGUCACUGUUACCGUUACCUCUCACCUCCGCUGAAUCCUCUUCCAUGGGAUGGAUGUGUCGAUGACACCAGAACUGCUCUAAGUUCCGUUUCCCGGGAGGAGACACAGAUGCAUGUGUGGUUGUUAAUGCCUCUCUCAUACAUGUGCAUGUCUCCCUCCUAUGACUUUUGUAAAUGUAGACAGACGAUGAUAGAAGUAGAGAUGAUGAAAUCCUAG